AAUGUAUGUGUAUUUCUAUUCAUAUUUGAAUAUGUUGUAUUUCUAUAGAUAUUAAUUGGCAAAAACAGGAUGGCCAAGUUCCAGUUUGCAGUUUAAAGUGCAGGAGUGGAAGGGGCUUCCUGCGGGGAGUUAAAGAACGGCCCACCCAGCCUCCCCUCCAAUCGGCAUCAUCGGCAGCUUUCACCUUCAGGCAAGGAAACAGAAAUUUUAGUCUGCGGCGAUGGAAUGAUGUAACCACGUGUCCUGGACGCAUCGCCUGAGCAGAAAACACCAGUUGAUGACUGUAGCAGAACGGUGCGGCUGCUUAUUCCCGUGUCCAUUCGCCGACCUACAAUGGCAGCAAAACUGAAUCCGAAUAUCCUGUAUGUGCGGGAACCCCGGGAGUCCCUCACCCCGCAGGACUCGGACCGCCUGACUCCGGCCGAAGCGGGCGAGGAAUCUUCCGACAGCGACGGUGAACAAGAGGAAACCUCGCACCGGCUCAUUAGGAAAGUGUCCACCUCCGGCCAGAUUCGUGCAAAGAAGAGUGUGAAAGAGGGCCUGCUUCUCAAACAGACCAGCUCCUUCCAAAGGUGGAAGAGAAGGUACUUCAAACUGCGUGGCCGGACCUUGUACUACGCCAAAGACUCCAAGUCUUUGAUAUUUGAUGAAGUGGACCUGUCAGAUGCCAGUGUGGCAGAGACUAGUACCAAGAACAUCAACAACAGCUUCACGGUCAUCACUCCUUUCCGGAAGCUGAUGCUAUGUGCGGAAAGCAGGAAGGAGAUGGAGGACUGGAUCAGCGCCCUAAAGUCGGUCCAAAAGUGGGAGACCUAUGAGGCCAGUCUGUUCAACAUGGAGCACUUCUCCGGAAUGCACAACUGGUACGCCUGCUCCCACGCCCGGCCCACCUUCUGCAACGUGUGCCGCGAGGCGCUGUCCGGGGUCACCUCACACGGCCUGUCCUGCGAAGUGUGCAAGUUCAAGGCACACAAGCGCUGUGCCGUGAGGUCCACCAACAGCUGCAAGUGGACCACGCUGGCAUCCAUCGGCAACGACGUCAUCGAGGACGAAGAGGGGUUUUCCAUGCCGCACCAGUGGCUGGAGGGGAACCUCCCCGUGAGCGCUAAGUGUGUGGUGUGUGACCGUAACUGCGGCAGCGUGAGGAGACUGCAGGACUGGCGAUGUCUGUGGUGCAAGGCCAUUGUCCACAGCAGCUGUAAGGAGCACAUGGGAAAGAUCUGCCCUCUGGGCCAGUGCAGGGUGUCCAUCAUCCCUCCCACGACUCUCAACAGCAUCGAUUCUGAUGGGUUCUGGAAGGCCACCAGCCCGUCCUGCUCCAGUCCGCUGCUGGUUCUGGUCAACUCCAAAAGCGGGGACAACCAGGGGGUGAAGUUCCUCCGCAGGUUCAAGCAGCUGCUCAACCCGGCGCAGGUGUUUGACCUGAUGAACGGCGGCCCGCAGCUGGGUCUGAGGCUCUUCCAGAAGUUCGAGACGUUCCGGAUUCUGGUGUGUGGGGGGGACGGCAGCGUCGGCUGGGUCCUGUCUGAACUGGACAAACUGGGACUGCACAAGCAGUGCCAGCUUGGGGUGCUGCCCCUGGGAACAGGAAAUGACCUCGCCCGGGUGUUGGGCUGGGGCGGGCUCUGUGACGACGACGCCCAGCUCAUGCAGAUUCUGGAGAAGCUGGAGAGAGCCACCACCAAGAUGCUGGACAGGUGGAGUGUGAUGACCUAUGAAGUGCCCACCAAGCACGCCCCCCCAAUAGUGAAGGAGGACGAGACGCUGGACUCCACCCUCCAGGCCCAGAUGAGCCUCUACGCUGACUCUGUGGCGUCCCACCUGACUAAGAUCCUGGACUCGGACAAACACAGCGAUGUCAUCUCCUCUGCCAAGUUCCUGUGUGGGACAGUGAAUGACUUUGUGUCGGAGGUGGGCAAAGCGUACGAGAGAGCCACAGAGAACAGGGAGGAGGCGGACGCCAUGGCCAAGAAGUGUGCUCUGCUGAACGAUAAGCUGGACUCCCUGGUCAAAGCCCUGAACGAGGAGAGCGACUCCGGCAUUAGGCCCGUCAGGGGCGACGGGGGCGACUCCGAAUCUCCCGAGGUCCCCCAGCCCUUCAAGUCCAAAGAGCAGCUGAUGCUGCGGGCCAACAGCCUGAAGAAGGCCCUGCGCCAGAUCAUCGAGCAGGCCGAGAAAGUGGUGGACGAGCAGAACCGGCACUCGCAGGUGCAGCGAAUGCCCUCUUCCUCCUCCAUAAAACGGGAGAACAGCGAGGAGCUGAAGGAGGCCGACCCACGCCGGGGAACAGUGAGCCCCACCUCCUCCUCCAUUGUCCUGGAGAAAUCAGAGAGCUUCAGCUCCAUAGUCUUCAGUGAGGAUUCUGUACAGUGCUCAGAGAAAUGUGUUAUGAACAACUACUUUGGGAUCGGACUGGACGCAAAAAUCUCCCUGGAGUUCAACAACAAGAGAGACGAGAACCCCAAGAAGUGCAGCAGUCGCACUAAGAACAUGAUGUGGUACGGAGUGCUGGGGACCAAGGAGCUGGUCCAGAAGACCUAUAAAAACCUGGAGCAGAGGGUGCAGCUGGAGUGCGAUGGUGUGCCGAUGUCCCUGCCCAGCCUCCAAGGCCUGGCUGUUCUCAACAUCCCCAGCUACGCCGGGGGCAUAAACUUCUGGGGCGGAACCAAGGAAGACAACAAUUUUGGGGCGCCCUCUUUUGACGACAAGAAGCUGGAGGUGGUGGCGGUGUUCGGCAGCAUGCAGAUGGCGAUGUCACGUGUCAUCAACCUGCAGCACCACCGCAUCGCGCAGUGUCGGCAGGUGAAGAUCACCAUCCUAGGAGAGGAGGGUGUGCCUGUGCAGGUAGACGGCGAGGCCUGGAUCCAGCCGCCGGGAAUGGUCAAGAUCGUCCACAAGAACCGGGCCCAGAUGCUCACCAGAGACCGGGCGUUCGAGAGCACGCUGAAGUCAUGGGAGGACAAGAGGAAGUGCGACGGCUACCGCUCCUCCCGGCCCCGCCUCAACUCCCAGCAGUCCAUGGAGUACCUGACGGAGGAAGAGUGCGCCCAGGUGCAGCAGCUGGGCCUGGUGGCCGACACACUCAUCAGCAGGAUCAGGGAGGCAGCGAAGACACACAAGGUGGUGGAGCAGGAGCUGGCCCAUGCAGUCAACGCCAGCGCCCUGGUCCUGAGUGAGGCCUUCCCCAGCAAGCCCUCCAGCCCCGAGUUCAUCAGCCGCUCAACCGCUGUGGAAAUUGUCAACAGCUCCAAAGUCCUGCACCUGGAGACCCAGAUGCUUCUGGAUGGGAAGCUACUGAAACUGGACCCUCCUGAGGAGGAAGCUCUACUUUCUACCCUCAGCAGCCUGAACACCGAGCUGCAGAAACUGACAGACAUUCACUGGAUCUGUCCCAGCAUGCACUGCGCAGAGGAGGACACGCCCAGGACCAGCAGCAAGAGCAGCAGCAUGAAGCUGAAGAUCAUCCCCAAAACGAAGAAGGACAGAGAGAAGCUGCACAAGCAGAAGUCCAACAGCUCCCUGUCAGGAACCUGGGAUAUCAAAGGAGGGUCAUGUGAUGCAGCAGAUACCGCUGGGAAUUGAGUGCAUGAGGGCGGAGUGCUGAGCCCCCACCCUGGAGAGAGGGGUGGAGAGUUGGGGGCGUGGUCUUCCCUUAGGCUGGGUGGAUCUACUGGAGCAACAUGGCCGCCCUUCCCACUUCAAAAGGUCUGGCGGGAAGAUGGCGCAGAGGGCGGCUUUGCGUCCGAAUCUUGAAUCUUCUGUUAACUCUUCCUGCCUGAAAAGGUGUCAAACGCCAUCAACUCAAAACUGCCUGUUGUGAAAGGAGGGCUUUGUCUGAGCCAAGCUUCCCGUCCCUGAAUAAUGCCACACGCUUGCCUGGAACACUUUCAUCUUUUUAUUCCUUUCCUUCGAUUUUAUUUUUCUUGACUUUGCCAGCCAACUUAAGUAGUAUUUUUUUUUUCUUGUGAAACCUAGACUUACAGAUCUAAAGGUGAAAGCCCGCUUUUGCCUACCCACCACCAUUGCCACAAGAACAAACAAUGAACAAAAACAAAAUGGCUGUCUCUCUCCAUUGGCGUAGGGACCUUCUAAGAGAGGCAGUAUAAAUGUCUGUAUAAAAGAACUUCUUUAGGAAUGCAGUUGUGGCUAAAUUAGACCCAUAUUAUAUGUGAAAAAUGGCCAGUUACAUAUUAAUGCCUCUAUGCCAGUGUCCUGCAUGCCUUCCACACUUGCUGUGUGUGUGUGUGUGUGUGUGCGCGCGCGCGUGUGAAAACUCUUCUUUCGAUAGCCAGUGUGGUGUUCUUGUAUAACUAACAGUUGUGUGACAGUUUGCGCUUUAUUUUCUCAAAGCUGUAGUUAUGUUUGUGCCAAGUUUGUACUGAGUGCAGCAGUUUAAGAUGUUGGAAGAAUGUGCGUCAUACAUUUCAGAGAAGAUUAUAUUGCCUUGCACUUUAAACCUGAAACACGGACUUAAAAGUGUGGGUUGUAAAACUUCUGAGUUGUUUACGUUACGGCAACCUCACAUAUUUAUGUCGAAUCAACAAAUGAUAUUUAGUACAAAAUAAAUGAAUGUUGAAAUGCCAACGCUGUACACAGAUGUUUAACUAUUCAGGUUUGUUUUAUUUUUAUUUAAUGGUGGUUUUGAUGAAUCAUGCAUAGUUGUCAAUAAUUUGAAUUUUGCCAACAGCAUUGAUAAAGUAAUAUUUAUGUAAUGUACCAGUAUUUAUUUUGUGAAUAUAGAAUUUUGAUGUGGCUACCCAGAAUCCUGUGUAGUCAAGAUGUAUGAUGAACAAUAUACAGAAUAAGUUGGGGAGGGGGGGAGGGGGGGAGGGGGGAAUUUAAAAAAAAUAAAAGUAAUGAUGUAAUGGUCAUGAGCCAAAGGGACAGUGAAACUCAACGCUGCUUUCAAAAAAUAACCGAUUAUGUCUGUAAAAUAUGUUCCGAGCAACGACGUUCCCUUCAGAAUGAGAAAGAUGGCUGCCGCCGCAGCUCUCCAGGAUUUUAUGUGGCACGAGUUUGUUUAAAAAGUAUUAAAUGAUAAUAUUCGUCAUUUUAAGCUGUAUUGUGAAGUAAAUUGAGGUCCAAUGUUUGAAGAAAAAAAAAAAUCAUUUUGUGAAAUUCAAUCAAAGCUGUUGUAAGUGGUAUUUGCUCAGUUGGGGUGGGGGGGGGGGGGGGGGGGAGAUAAUGCUUCUUUUUACUUUUGCUCAUAACCCCAGUUAUUGACCAAUGUGAGUUGUGUCAAUAGAGCACAACAGAAAUUCAUCCCUUUGGGGGAGCGUGCUGUCAGGACCACUGAAGUAAAUUCAUUUCGCCUGAGGACUAAUAGAUUGUACCAUACUAGAUACCAGAGCCAUAAAGCAUUUAAGCAUUUUUGCAAAUAAGUUUAAAGGGUACGGGAGACAUUUAAUUUAUCAUGCGUGAUUAUUCAUCUUGGAAGAUUUGUUUACUGUAGUCGGUGAAAUUCAUUUUAUUUAUACAUAGUGCCAUCUGUCAGUUACCUAAAUUUAUUACCAAGAAGGUCCGCGUACCUCUCCCUGGCUACUAAUCUAGAGCAUAUUCCCAGGAGUGUUAACAUCAACAUGAAGCAAAAAAUAAAGUAUUAUCAUUGCUGUUUGAA